CUCGGCACUCCCUCUUGUUACCUCAGUGUACACGAAAUAGGGUAAGCUGUAGGCGGGUAUACUUGCCCUAGUGUAGUCUGGCAAUUGAACGGAUGAUGAAAUUCCUGUUGAAACUGCACAGCAGGCAUAAUCGAACGCUCGAGCCCAGGGACAGUUGCUGCCGUCAGAAGUAUUUUUACCGUCCAAGCUAGUGGUCGUAUCUUCGUGUUGUCGUUUGCCUAUACGACAGGUGACGGAGCGACUCCAGCUGACAUGGUGGUUGAACAAUCGGGAGCCAUGAGCGCCGUGAAGAGCGUCAUCAUCACCCUGCCUGCCAAGAGCUUGUCCGCGGCGAAGACCGGCAGAUUGACGCCCAUCCUCGUCGACAAGAUUAAAAUGGAGAGCGGAGGCGUGGGGAAGCUCCAGGCGGGCAAAAAUUCACCUGCCACUGCUGUCGUCCCAAAGAAGGCUGUCAUCUUUAAGCAGGAUAACUUGCAGGAGUUGCAGGUCGUGCCUGCUAUGCUCAACCGAGGCAAAAAGCGCAAGCUGGAUCAUCUCACCUGGGAGGAAAAACUACAGAGAAAAAAAUUGAAAAACAGAGUGGCAGCCCAAACCUCGCGCGAUCGCAAGAAGGCCAAGCUCGACGAGCUGGAAGAGUCGGUGAUGGCCUUGCACGAGAGGAACAAUCAACUGGAAGAUGAAUGCUCAAAACUGAGACUUCAAAACGAAUUACUUGUUACCGAGAUACAGCAGCUAAAAAAAAAUCAGAAUUACAAUAGUAAAGCCACCAAGGAAGACGUAUGUUCGAUGUGUCAAGCCCGUGUCGACUGCGCUGCACCUACGCUGGGAUCAGCAGUAUCCCCGAUAAUUGACCCUCUGCAGCAGGGUGGUGUAGCACAGAAGGCACGAGCUGUGACGACGUUGAGCAAGAGCGCCAGUGUGGUACUGAAAAUCUUGACCCUCUACCUCCUCUCGAAGACCUAUUUAGCGAAUCAAGGGGAAAAUGGAAACGAGUACAUUGAACGACUUGAAGAACUCGCCGAGAGCCUUAUGCGAGAGGUUGCCGCCCAAGUGGAAACAAAUUCUCCUCACACAGAUGAACAGGAUGCAGUCGAGAAAGAAAGCGCCUGCGAACUUGACAUUACAGAAGAAAUGGUGGGGCAGGCAUCAAGUUAUGUGGAAGCCGAUGCGACUGACGGAAACAUAGCAAUGGUGAUGGAUGUGGAACAGAGCCAAGCUCAAGUAAUUCCGCAAGUAAAUUUACUACCCACAGAUUUGAUACCGACAAUUACAUUGAACGCAUCGGAUCCCAUUACAAUCGCCGAUAACAUUGUUCAAAUCAAAGAAGAGCCGAUGCAAGAUACUACCACCGAGUUGGUCUAUGGAACAUACGACGAAGCUACCAAUUGCAUCACGAUUAUCUAUCCAGAAGAGGAAGUUGCGCACUUAACCAUAUCAGAACAGCCACAGAGCCCACAAUACUUACUUUCGCCCUCGUACUCGUACGAUUCCAUGUCACCCCAGAGCGUACAUUCCGAAGAUACUGACCUUGUUACACCAGUUGCGACGAUGGUCAGUUGUAAGUCUGAUUAUGUGCAUUCAGAUGCUGGCUAUGAAUCGCCUGGAUCACCUGAGAGUGUUGGAAACGAUGCUCUUACGGAUCUUUGGCAGGAGGACUUUCGCGAGUUGUUUCCCACCUUGGCUUGAAAGAAUAUGAAUUGUGUGCUCUUUGUUGAAUCGUGAGAUUCACUUCUGGCUGUGAUAAAUUUGCGUUGACUAAAUAUCCUAAAUUUAUUCAACUUUCGUUAUUUUUAUAUAUUUCGUUUUUUAUCACUACAUUCAGGAUCACCGAUUGUAAGCUCACCUGAGAUGAGUUUCAUUAGUACUGUAAUCAUUCAACAAACAUGACCAAGUCAUUUAUUUGUCAUUGUGAUUAAUCUUUACGUUAGAUAAUAGUUUCGUCGUCCAUAGCGAAUUAAGAUUGUAAAUACUGUUACAGGCGAUUGUGUAUGGUUCUUUCCUAUUUGUAAAUAGUAUUUAUUUUAAGGUAUCAAUAAAUGUAUGCAUUUAAAAAUAUGUUUAUAAAAACAAUAAUAAAUAAUACCUUGAUUACUAAAAA